AUGGCUUUGUUAAGAGCCAAGAAGGAAAUUAAUAAACCAAAGAAGAAAAACAAUGCUUCUCCUAUCAAUAUCGUAAAAACUCUUCCGAACGAAUUAUUGGUGGAGAUUAUUGGAAAGGUUGCAUCACAUUCAAUGGUUGAUCUCUGCCAAAUGAAAUUAAGUUGCAAAGAUUUUCUGAAUGCUUCUGAAGACGGUUACGUUUAUCAACAUGCAUCCAUGGAAAACUUUGCUUUGAUUCCACUUCCAUGGUUCACAAAUGAAAAAGAAACCUCGUUCUUGAGACGUUGUAGAGAAAAUGAUAAUUUGGAGAUUCUUUAUCGUGAAGGAAUGGUGCAAUAUUUUAGUACUUCAAUGGUGAAAUCAGGUUUUGAGAAUUUGAAAAAGGCUGCAUCAGAGGGUCAUCAUGAAGCUAAAUAUGUUUAUUCAAUGCUUUUGAUGGCUAAUUGUGAAGAAGAUGACGAAGGAAGAGAACUUGGUUUUGAUCUCUUUGGUGAAUUGAAAAAUUCCACGUGCAAUAGUAUGGUUGCAAGAUGUAGAAAGAGGGUGAAGUCUUUUAUUAAAAGCAUGUGGGUGAAAAACCAUGUUGUGGUUCAAAAUCUGUCUUCGUGUUGUUGUUCUGACACAUGUGGUGGAACAGACAAGUUGAAGAAACAUUCAACAUGGUCUGAUGAAGAAGUUGAUAAUGAUGGUGUCGGUGUUUCAUGCAAAUAUUGCGACGGGAAUUAUGAAUUAGGUUUAUUUGCUAACAUAUUCCGCGUCUAA